UUAGACGGAAAAUGUUGAUGCUAUCUGUUGGAUAAUUGAUGGGAGUCUUAAAAGUCUACCCAUUCGUUUUUUCCCUAAAUGAUGGCUAUUUACUGAGGUGGUUCGAACGGAGCUUCCUAAACAGUCAUGUCUGCGUCUCGGACGAGUCUUGAGCGUUCGCCUUUCUUGACGCUUCUGUUGGUAUUUAUAGUUACUUCCUCAACUCAUGGAGUGACUGAAAUAUCAAUAGGAGCAGUCUUUUCUAAAGAGCCUGGUGAGAAUACAACGAUUGAAGAACAAGCUUUUAGACUCGCCAUUGAUCAUUUAAAUGAAAAGUACGCGGAUAUUAAAUUGAAAGCCUUGGUGAAGAGUGCGAACCCGUUGGAUGAUUUUGAGAAUAUUGAAAAAGUUAACAGUUUGCUAAGCAGUAACAUCUCAAUUCUUAUUGGUCCAAUGGAAACUUCUGCCGUAAUUGCCACCCACCCUCUGUGUAGCCGAGCAAGUGUCCCUCAGAUAGCUCCGCUGACCAGUCUUGAAAUGAUUUCCGAAGAUGGUAGUGGUUUGAACUACUUAUUGCGUAUGAGCCCCACAGAGAAGCUGAAAGCCAAAGUGAUAGCAGGAAUAAUUGAGAACUACAAAUGGGAAACGAUGGCUGUGCUAGGAUAUCAAAAUAAAGAAGCUCCUGAAGGUCACUCCAGCUUUCGUUUGAUUGCCAGUGAAAAUGAAUGGAAUGUGGUUAAGGCAACUCUUAUCUCGCCUGAUCCAGGUGGGAGAGAAGGAGAUCUGUUGACGGCAUUAACGGUUAUUACGAGUUUGAAAGAAUCUCAAAGCACUCGCCUUGUGGUCGUGUUCUUUCCUGCGUGGGCUGUGGAAAAAUGGAUGAAGCUGGUAAAAAGCAAACUGGAUACGGAUAUGGGAAACUGGACAUGGAUAUUUUCAAAUUUUGGGAAUCGAAAGGAAGACCUUCUCAGCAGUGACUCUGGUGAUAUACCAAACUACAUGCACGGACUGCUUGGUAUCAGACCGACCGUGGGUAAAGGCACCCGCUUUGAGCAGUUCAAAAAUGCAUGGCAGCAGCAGGUCCCGGGAAAGGAGAUAUCGGUAUCUGUAGGUCGAGUUUAUGAUUCUGUGUUAGUGGCCGCAGAGGGAAUAAAGACAGCCCUCAAAAAUGGUGUAACUUUACCACGUACCCAAACUUACCAGGGAUUCUGCAGCAGUUCGGACAAGCAGGAGGAAAACACUAGUGGAAAAGACCUAGCAAAAUAUUUGAACGAGGUCAGGGUUGAAGGUGUCAUGGGUACAAUCCAUGCCAAUGAUCCGGAUUACGCCGGUUCUGCUUACUUUGAUGUGGUAAAUCUAAGAAGCACAGGUGAAUAUAAAGUCGGGGAGUGGAAUACGACUGGGUUACAUAUGUUCGAAAACGAGAAACCAAUCUGGCCUUCAAACAGUUCAGACAAACCAUUGGACAUCCCUAAUAUCUUGAAGGGACAGACUCUUAAGAUCGCUACCAUUUUGGCUCCACCGUUUGUGAUGUGGAACAACGAAACUAAGGAGUUUGAAGGCCUGAGUAUUGAUAUUUUGGAGGAGAUAAGAAAAAGAUUGGAGUUCAACUAUAACAUAUAUGCUGUUCGUGAUGGAAGAUUUGGAGUGAAAAACAGACUCACUGGAGAGUGGAAUGGUAUCGUCAAGGACAUCAUGGACAAGAAAGCCGACAUGAGUAUUGCACCAAUGACCAUCAGCUCUGAUCGUCAAACAGUGUUAGAUUUCACACAACCGUACAUGACGUUUGGACUGGCCUUUAUGAUACGUGUCCAGGAAGUAAACGGGAACUACUUCAGAUUCUUGUUACCAUUUGAUAAAUACUUGUGGGUGGCCAUAUGCGUGUUAGUGACGGUAAUGGGCUUUUCAGUGUGGUUCUGUAGUCUCUUUAGUCCACUUGGGUAUUUUGGAAGAUGCGUUCAAGCCAAAUCGACUAAACAGCUAAAACCAGAAGACCUUAAACAAGUUGACACUCUCAGCUUAAACAACUCUAUAUGGUCGUCGUGGAAGGCGUAUGUCCGUCGCAGUGCUGAGCAUCCCAGGUCAUGGUCAGGCAAGUUGACAGUGUCUGUUUUCUGGUUCGCUGUGAUGAUCAUCAAUGCUACAUACACAGCCAAUCUGGCCGCUUAUCUCACUGUGUCCCGGAUGCAAACUCCCAUUGAAACCAUUCUGGAUUUGUCGCGUCAAACUCGUAUUGAAUAUGGAACACUCAAGGACUCGCAACUACAAACGUUUUUCCAAAAAACAGAUGUUCCCAGUUAUCUAGUGAUGGGACAGUUCAUGGAGCAGCGCAAGUUAUGGAUGCCUAGUUUUGAAGCUGCCAUCAACAGAACGUUGGAGGGUGACUUUGCAUUUAUCUCAGACAGACCAAUUUUAAAUUAUGUGGCACGACAAGAUAAACACUGUGGAAAAUUCAAGGUUACUGGCGGGUUUGGUAAUACAUAUGGCUAUGGUUUUGCUUUCGAACUGAACUCGCCAUACACUCCGCUCUUUAAUAUGGAAUUAUUUCGACUUCAAAAUGAAUUCAUUAUAAGCAGUCUCACUCAUAAGUGGACAAAGGAGAGGGUGAAUUGCGAACUGGUGGAUAACUUUGAAGAGCAGCAGCUACUUGGAAGCACUGUCCAGAAGAUGUCCGUCCAAAAUAUGCUGGGUGUGUUUAUCCUGUUGGCUAUCAGUGUUUUGGUUGGCUUCCUUAUCAUGAUCAUGGAGUGGAUUUACGCCUCGGCUAAAGAUGCCAGAAAACGCGUUCAGGGUCGCAAGACAUGCUGCCAAGCAUGCGGGACGAGACUGAUUCAGGCGCUCAGAGACAUGUGCUGCUCUAAAAAGAAAACCACUCUUGACAGUGACAAGACAGAUUAUUGAAUAUGGACGUCAGGUCUUCGUUAUGAAUGAACGGUUGAGUUUGAGCGGGAUCAGCAUUUUGCUUUUUUAAAUUUAAGCUCGCUCAUUACUAAUGAUGUGUUUGAUCCGUUAAUCGUGAAAAUGUUUUGCUUUUUGCUGGGUUAUACUUAUUGAUCAGUUCAAGUUGUUAGCCGAUUAUUUCCCUUUCUUUCAAUCGCCUUACGAAGACGCGGUUCUCAGUUUUUAACGCAGAAGAGGUUGUGUCAUAUUUGUCCAGUUGUCUUCUCCUGAGGCGUUUGAACAAUGGUAUAACAGGCUCAGGCACUUCUCGUUUCAAAUUAGUUGUUGAUAAUUGAUUAGACACAGAAAUCAAUUGAUUAAGCAGCGGAAUGCGGGCCUUACAGUGGGGCUCCUAAGAAGAAAACUUCAUUUCUUUUCGUAGCAAAUAAUUUACGGUAGGGGAAUGUUAUAAAUGUUGAUAAGAAGACGUCCGUUGCUACUUAUAAAAAUAGAUUUUAUAUUAGGAUUUUGAUUCAUCAAUGAUAGACACGCACCAAACGCGAUCGAAGUCAAGAAUAGAUGGCUGCAUUGGCCGAUCUAGAGAGGGAAAGAUGAGCUCGGUUAGCCUAAUCAAAACAGAGGAUUCGCGUCAUUUUGAUCAGCGGCACUGCCAGCCAUCUAAUCAGAAGAAUUAUUCGUUAGAAUUUCUGGAAGAAUUACUCGUUUUUAUUACUCGUUAUCAAAAACACACAAAAAAGAAAAGAAAAAAAAAAGAAAAGAAAUCGGCCAAUGUUCAGCCACCUUGACCUCAUACUUGGUCAAUGACUCAGGCAUGAUAUCAGUUGUAGACUUGUGUUGUUAUAACAAAUGUUUAAUCUUUCAAGUUCAGUUGGACAGCGCCCCCAUGCAUGCCUUCCUUUAGUUAAUAUGUCAGCAUGUAAUUUAGAGUUUACUGAAUCGUAACUAAGAAUCAGAAAGAGGGAGAGAGAGAGAAAGAGAAAGAGAGAGGGAGAGAGAGUGAUCGAACAGAGUUAGUCAGUUGAUCCGAGUUACACAGAAUGAGAUUAAAGUAAACAAAAAACAGGUUGAGAGUC